GGAGAUAUUACAGGGGACCUAGCCCGCAGCGACAAGCACAAAGUCACGGGGUAAUGAACUUCGGGGACCCUUUGCCGCUGCGUGCGCGGCUCUCCCCGGAAACCCGGACCUGGCCGCCUCUUCCUUCGGAAGAUUUCCCAGCAAUCUAGUUUUUCCACCCCGCGCUCGGUUCCGGCAGCGGGAAUCCUAUCUGCCUCUGCGACUACGAUUGUGUUUUCCUUCUUUCCUUAGAAGAUCAGCGGUCUGUAGAGAUCUGCCCACACUCUAUGCUUAUGUAGAGAGGGAGAUUGAAGACUGAAUGGCAGGAAUGGGGAAAGAGAGGGAUUUUGCCCUUUUUGCUCCGUAGGAAGACAAUUUUCGUGUCUCUAUCUCUGUCCUUCAACACUCUCCUCCUGUACUCCUCUCUUAUUCCUUAGUCUGCCUCUCCAUCUCUGCAUCUGUCUGUCCAUGUGUGUGUCCGUAUCAAGCAGCAUUCCCAGCAGCUGCAGUUUUGCAAGAGCCGGGAAGAAACUUAAAGAUGCUUAAAUUUCCACUGUGGAACGAAUUCUGAGUGCCCGGGGAGCAGCGCAGCGCGCGACCGACACCCACCUGUCCGGCCCAAGAGCCUUGCAGGCUGGAGGGCGGCUGGAGAGCCGCGGCGCCCGGCGGCGAGGCGGGCGCUGCUGGCCGGGACUCAGGCAGCGCCCACCAACCUCUCCGCCCCGGAACAGCCAGCAUGAGCAAGCCUGCCGGAUCAACAAGCCGCAUUUUAGAUAUCCCCUGCAAAGUGUGUGGCGACCGCAGCUCGGGGAAACACUACGGUGUCUACGCCUGUGACGGCUGCUCGGGGUUUUUCAAACGGAGUAUCCGACGGAAUAGGACGUAUGUCUGCAAAUCUGGAAACCAGGGAGGCUGCCCGGUGGACAAGACUCACAGAAACCAGUGCAGGGCGUGUCGGCUGAAGAAGUGUUUGGAAGUCAACAUGAACAAAGAUGCCGUGCAGCACGAGCGGGGGCCUCGGACGUCCACCAUCCGCAAGCAGGUGGCCCUCUACUUCCGAGGACACAAGGAGGAGAACGGGGCGGCCGCGCACUUCCCCCCCGCCGCGCUGCCCGCGCCGGCCUUCUUCACCGCGGUCACACAGCUGGAGCCGCACGGCCUGGAGCUGGCGGCGGUGUCCGCCACCCCCGAGCGGCAGACCCUCGUGAGCCUGGCUCAGCCCACGCCCAAGUACCCCCAUGAAGUGAAUGGGACUCCUAUGUAUCUCUAUGAAGUGGCCACAGAGUCGGUGUGUGAAUCAGCUGCCAGGCUUCUCUUUAUGAGCAUCAAGUGGGCAAAGAGCGUGCCAGCGUUCUCCACACUGACUUUGCAAGAUCAGCUGAUGCUUUUGGAAGAUGCUUGGAGAGAACUGUUUGUUCUAGGAAUAGCACAAUGGGCCAUUCCGGUUGAUGCUAACACUCUACUGGCUGUAUCUGGCAUGAAUAGUGACAACACAGACUCCCAGAAGCUGAAUAAGAUCAUAUCUGAAAUACAGGCUUUACAAGAGGUGGUGGCUCGGUUUAGACAACUCCGGUUAGAUGCUACUGAAUUUGCCUGUCUAAAAUGCAUUGUCACUUUCAAAGCUGUUCCUACACACAGCGGUUCUGAACUGAGAAGUUUCCGGAAUGCUGCCGCCAUCGCAGCUCUUCAAGAUGAGGCUCAGCUAACUCUCAACAGCUACAUCCAUACCAGAUAUCCCACUCAACCCUGUCGCUUUGGAAAACUCCUGUUGCUCUUGCCAGCUUUACGUUCUAUUAGUCCAUCAACCAUAGAAGAAGUGUUUUUCAAAAAAACCAUCGGCAAUGUACCAAUCACAAGACUGCUUUCAGAUAUGUACAAAUCCAGUGAUAUCUAAGCUCUCAAGGUCCCCACUUUUCAGGAUGGGACAGUAUCAAACGAACUUCUACCCAAGGAGAACAAGCCUCAACUAACAAACCCUUCAGGAAGCAUAAACUUGGGAAUGUGUAGCCUUCAGGAAAUAAAUGCCAAUUGACGCAAAACAGUUCCAGGAGCUAUGACCUGCUGCCUCAACCAGGGAAGGGUGGCCAGGAAGGAAAGGGGCGCAACAGGACCGCCUGAGCAGAAAACUCACUGCUGCCAUGCCCUGGGAGGGGGCAAAUUGGGGUUGCCACAGGCUGUGCCACUCUGCCUCUAACUGCAAGAUUGGGCCGGGUUAUCAAAAGCCGAAACACACGUAGUGCUUUCUUUUCCUUUUUAGCAUAUAAGAUUGGGUAACCAAAUAUAGCUCUGCGUAUAAAUUCAGAACUAUGUUAUGUUGGAGCAUUGAUUUUAAAAAUAAUGGUUAGGUUUUAAAUCAAAAAUAUUAUCAAAAGUUUUCCUUCUAUUGUAAUACAUCAUUAAGUGGCCUUCAGAGCUGAGUUAAUAAGUGAAAAGUAGCUUAUGCCAUGUGAUUUGCUUUUCCUCUAUCUUCUUUUUUUUCGUUUUCUUUCUUUUGUUCUUUUUUCUUCCUCCUUUUCUUCUCCUUCUUCUUCUUCUUAAUACCAUAGGCCAGGCAACCUUGUCAAAGGAAUUGGUGGAUGAAAAUGAGAUCCUCACCAGGACUUCAGGAUGGAUAACAUCUCAAAUAUAGAAGAGCUUUACUGAAAGAACGCAAGUAGAGGGAGGAUGAAUAAAAACAGCAAAACCAAAUAAAGUGGAGAUGAGUGAUUGAGGUAGAUUGCUGUCCCGUUACCAUAGUGCUGAGACCAAAGGCAAUGGGGGUCCAAACUCGUGGUUCGGCGAAUCACACCAGACAGUAAAUGAACAUGGACACAAUGCCAGAAAGAACUUCAAGGAGAUGAACGCUAAGAGGUUUCUUACUUGAUCCAUUGCUAACAGCCUGAGACUCUUCAAUGCCUUUCAGAAAACUCUGGUUUCUAGUAAAGCCUUGAAUGCACACACACACAUAUCAUCAUCAUCAUCAUCAUCAUCCCACACUAUAAGCUGCUCCUUUGGUAUAAAUCUAUACUUAUGGAAAUGUAGAAACAAACAUUUUUAAAUAGCUGCUGUACUUUUCACCUUUUGAUUUAUUAGGUACUAGCACUGAGGAAAAAAAUUCAGCACUUGGACUAUCAUAGGAUGAGUAAAACUUUUCUUGUACAAAGUGAAUUAACUGAUUUGUGAAGUUAAAAGGUUGUACUCAUUGUAUUUACAAAGAAUAAAAAUAUAUUGAGUUUAAAU